CGCGAGUUAGUUUCCGCCGCCGGGACGGAGGCGCCGGCCGGGCUGGGCCGGGCUCGGGGCAGCGCCGCGCGGUCGGAGCCGUUUCGCCCGUCCCCGCCGAGGGGUAGGAAGAGCCGGGGACGGCGGGACGAGCCGUGGCGCGGGGCAUGCGGGGCCGGCCCCGCGCGCUCUGAGCCGCCGAGCCCCGCGAGGAAGCGCCGGGGGGUCCCGUCGCAGCCAUGGAUCCCGGGCAGCCCCAGCCGCAGCAGCCGCCGCAGGCGGCGCAGCCCCCGGCCCCGCAGCAGGCGGCCCCGCAGCCCCCGGGCGCGGUGUCGGGAGCUCCGGGAGGCGCCGCGCAGCCGCCGGGCGCGGGCCCCCCUCCGGCGGGGCACCAGAUCGUCCAUGUGCGGGGCGAUUCCGAGACCGACCUGGAGGCGCUCUUCAACGCCGUGAUGAACCCCAAGGGCGCCAACGUGCCGCACACGCUGCCCAUGCGGCUCCGCAAGCUGCCCGACUCCUUCUUCAAGCCGCCCGAGCCCAAGGCUCACUCCCGCCAGGCCAGCACUGAUGCAGGGACAGCAGGAGCCCUGACCCCUCAGCACGUCCGUGCUCAUUCCUCUCCAGCAUCCCUGCAGCUGGGGGCCGUGUCCCCUGGCACGCUCACACCCUCUGGAGUAGUGACUGGACCUGGAGCGCCGUCUUCUCAGCAUCUCCGCCAGUCUUCGUUUGAGAUCCCUGAUGAUGUACCUCUGCCACCGGGCUGGGAGAUGGCCAAGACACCAUCUGGACAGAGAUACUUCCUUAAUCAUAUUGAUCAAACAACAACAUGGCAAGAUCCCAGGAAGGCCAUGCUUUCCCAGAUGAAUGUUACAGCUCCCACCAGUCCUCCCGUGCAACAGAACUUAAUGAACUCAGCAUCAGGCCCACUCCCCGAUGGAUGGGAACAAGCUAUGACCCAGGAUGGAGAAAUUUACUACAUAAACCAUAAGAACAAGACAACAUCUUGGCUAGACCCAAGGCUUGACCCACGCUUUGCCAUGAAUCAGCGAAUCAGCCAAAGUGCUCCGGUGAAACAGCCACCCCCUCUGGCUCCUCAGAGUCCCCAAGGUGGCGUCAUGGGUGGGAGUAGCUCCAAUCAGCAACAACAGAUGAGACUUCAGCAGCUACAGAUGGAGAAGGAAAGGCUGAGACUGAAGCAUCAAGAACUGCUUCGGCAGGUGAGGCCACAGGCAAUGCGGAAUCCCAGCACAGCAAAUUCUCCAAAACAUCAGGAAUUGGCUCUCCGUAGCCAGCUUCCAACAAUGGAACAAGAUGGUGGAUCUCAAAAUCCCGUAUCAUCUCCUGGAAUGUCUCAGGAACUGAGAACAAUGACUACAAAUAGUUCUGAUCCCUUUCUUAACAGUGGAACAUAUCACUCCAGAGAUGAAAGCACAGAUAGCGGACUUAGCAUGAGCAGCUACAGUGUACCCAGAACCCCAGAUGACUUCCUGAACAGUGUUGAUGAGAUGGAUACAGGUGACAGUAUCAGCCAAAGUAACAUACCGUCCCAUCAGAACCGAUUCCCAGACUACCUUGAAGCCAUUCCAGGGACAAAUGUGGACCUUGGGACACUGGAAGGAGAUGGGAUGAAUAUAGAAGGAGAAGAACUGAUGCCAAGUCUGCAAGAGGCUUUGAGCUCUGACAUCCUAAAUGACAUGGAAUCUGUCUUGGCAGCCACCAAGCUAGAUAAAGAGAGUUUUCUUACUUGGUUAUAGGGGCCUCAGGGAGACUGAAUUCUAAAUCUGUGAAGGAUCUAAGGAGAAUAGGACAUCUGUAUCUGAAGUUCAGAACAAGUCAGUGUGGCACACUUUGGCUUGUGUUCAGAAAAAGUAAAUGAACAAAUAUUCAGCAAGAUUCUUUCAUUUUGCUCUUCCUUGUCCAUCGCUGCUGUUAUAUAUUGCUGACUUUUUUCCACAGUUGACUCUGAAGAACAGACAUCUUCUUGACCUUUUUCUAUUGCUGUUGCAACUACUGUUGGGGGGUGGGGGAGGGAAUGAUGAGCCUAUUUGAAUGACGAAUGCCAUUCCUUUUGUCCUAGUGUGCGCUUGCAUAUCAUUUUUAUCUAAGUACUCAGAUGUGAGAGUAAAUUUCUGCAUGUCACUGCUUGUAGUUUGCUCAGCUAGUUGUCUCCUGCUGCCUGUGGAAAGUGGUAAAACGUGACAUACUGGGUGACAAGCCAAAAAUGAUGUAUCUGGUCAAAUGAAGUCAAUACUGAUUUGGAGAUAUGACUUAAAGGAGGGCUGAAAACUGGCAUUAAGUGUUUCCACUAGUAGCUCCUUCAUUAGCCACAAAGUGCUUUUGUUCAUAUUUUAUGUUAUAGUAAAUCAUGAGUCAUUUUACAUAGAAACAUAUAUGAACUUUGAUUGUUGCCACUUAUUCUAGCCUAACUCUUGUUUGUCAAAAAUAGUUUGAUUAUUUUUGUUAGUUGAUUUAACUGUAGCUAUAGGAUGGGAAGUAAUUUUAGGUGUUCUUUUUUUAAAUAGUGAAAUCUAAGGUUUUUUUCUGAUUUCACAUAGUCUUAUUUAAAUCUGAAUUGUCUGCUUUUUUUAUACCCAAACCAUGGCUAUUGUAGCGCAAUAAGCUAGUGAGUACAUAAAACAGUGCGUUUUGCCUGCGACUUUUCUAUUUUUUUUAAAGGCUAGCUUUGAAUGUAAUCCUUAGAAUCCAUGACCAGUGGCUUAUUUUUCAUGUUUCUUUGCAAGAUACUGAAUUAGAAGCUAAGUGUGCUAUUUACCAUUCUGAAAUGCAUCUUAAAGUAGCAGAAACAAUUUUACAGUGACUGAUGCGUCCAACCUCUCUUCUGGUUUUCAGUUUUGUAUCUGAAUGAGUUUAGAUUCUUUGAUGGGAAAAAACUUGCUGAAAAUUUUCUCCUGAGUGAGCGUGGGAAAAUGGUCUGAACUAUGAAUAUCACUGUAAGUUGCAAUGAAAAGGCUAGAACACCAAAAAAAACAAGAAUCCUCAGUAAAAACUCUGAAGUGUAAUAGUUAUCAAAUUCCGUUUGGUGAAAAAUAAGCCCUGGGCACAAUGUAGAAGUCUGUAAAGAUAUGUGUUAGAUGGUGACGUGAGCAAGUAAUGAAGUGUAUAUUAGCAGUAGAGCUUAGCAUGGGAUAGAGGUGAAUAUGAGUUAUCUUUAUUUUAACAGGAAAAGAUGUAUCACUAAGUUGUCUGCAGGAGUUGACAGUUUCCAAAGAGUAUUUUUAAAUGAACAAAAUGAGCAUGAAUCAAACUUUCAGUAUAAGCUAUGACAUUUUCUGGGGUUUUGGUUGUUUUUUUUCUAAUUAAAAGUCGAGUCAGCAGUUAGCACCUCUGCAACUAAGGGCCCAUUGCUAUUCUCAACAUAAGCCUUUAUUUUCAAGGGUGUUUAACAUGACUGUAAAGAUGCUGUAAGCAUGAAACCCGGUUUUCAGAAAAAUCCCAGCUAACGGGGACUUCUCCCAGAGGGAGAUUUUAAUGGCUUUUUAUUUUGUUGUUAAAGAAACUGGUUACCUUUCCAUGUUAGGAAUGGAUCAGCAAAACAAAUGACCCAUAUGAUCACUGUCAUUUUUAUACUUCAGAAAUAAACGUGCUUCAGGAUAAUAUAAAAGAACAAAGACUGAUAAAAGUCUCAUUUUAAGAACUGAAGCAGCAGAGGCAGAGAUUUGAAUUUUGCCACUCGAGAUGCACAUUUACUACUUUACAUAAGGAUGGUAGUAUUUGAAACCCGCAGAUUUGUUUCUGCCUUGUUAAGGAAUGCUGGCAGGUUUUAAAAUCCCAGUUUUCAAAACACAGUGGCCAACAUGUUGUACUACACCAGUAGUUCAGCGGUUGAUAGGCCGCUUCUGUAUUGUGCAAUGACACGGUAGCUCCUAAAGCAGUGUAUUGUGUCCAACUUAUGGAUUUUAGUAGCAUUUUUUAAAUUUCCUUAUGAACUUUUCUCUCUUCUUCCCUUCAGGAGAACAAAUUACAUGAAGCUGUUAUAACUUGAAUGGUAUAACGUGAAACCACAACAGCAAGGAAACAGAACUGUUUCCAUUUCAGUUGUCUUCCACAGUUGUAUCCAGGUAUCACAGCACACCGUGCACUGGGUGCAGCCUCCCAGCACGCCAUGCCUUGGUGCCACGCGGACGUGUACAGAACAGAUGUUCUUUCCUUGCUUUUGUGUGUUUGUCGCAGCUUUAAUUUUGAGUGUUUUUUUCUCAUUGUGAAAACACUAAAUGGCUUAUACUGUGUUUGGGUAGCACUGUUCGGGCUAGAUACUGACAGACUGGGAAUCCUUGAACUGUUCUAACACUAAUUCUGUUUUGUGAUUCUUAUUUUCAUUGAUUUUCAAACAUUUCCGUUCUCAUUUACUAGGAAACGUACCACAGACAUGCUGUACUGUUGGCAAUCAACACUAAUUGGGUUUAUUUUUUUUAUUCUGCAAACGCAUUGUUUGAUGAAGUGGUUAAAGUGUUUGAAAUGCAAAAGUGUUUUGGGGUAGUAUUUUAUACUGAUGUAUAUAUUGAAACAAAUCACUGUAAUAAUUGUAAUAGCUUUUAGGCAGAAUACACUACAUGCAGAUGGAUGGGGCUGCACCGUGCUGUGCUGUUCAACACCUGGGCAGGGCGACUGCUUGGAAACAGGUUGCAGUGUCAGUAAACCACGUGGAUCAAAUAUUGUACCAUUCAGUGUUGGCGCUCACCAAUGCAAAAGGAGAAGAGACAGUUUCAACGUGAUUAACACUACAUAGCUUUCACACAUCUGGUAAAUUAGUACUAAAGUGACCUUUUCACUUACGAGCAUGUUUUUUUGUUGUUUUUUUUUUUUUUUUAAUUCAAAUUAACAGGUGUGCCUGUGUAAAAUAAUUUGUUUUCUGUAUCUUGGAAAAAAAAAUACUCUACACAUUUAGAAUGUUGUAUGUUAGAGAACUCUUAAAUGCACCCUUGUCAAAAAUUACGUAUAUUAGUUACCAUUGUUACUUUUUAGAUAUGAGCAUGACUGUAAGUUAGGUACCUAAGUACAUUCUGUUACAUUAUUUUUCUUUAUGUAAUACUUUUUCAGUUGUUUUAUUUGGUAUAAAUAUAUACUUUGUGCUUAAACAUCUUUGUUUGUUUGUAACGUUCAGUAGGAGGUAAAGGCAUUGAUUUCCUCCAGCAAGACAGAUGCAUUGAACUGUUGAAUUCCUGUCUUAGUUUCUGUUCUCGUCCCCCUCGUCACAGCUCUUGUAGUCAUAAACUCCAGUCCUGCAGGCAUCGUGUGCAAGCUUACCUAAGGGACAGAGGAGUCCUACUGAAGUCAGUGAAGGCUUAGCAUUAAAGUAUUCAUCUCAGUGUUCUUGCAGUGAGAAAGAGAAAGCGACUCCAGUGAACCUUGUGCAGUUGGUAUAAAACAGUGCUGCAGCUGUGCAAAGCAGUAUAGUGAGAGCUGGUGACAGAACAUCCGUCACCUUCUGUAAGCACGCGUCCACUUCUUGCAGAUGGGUUUGCAAGGUUCACUCAAAGCUAUGCAGUGACUUGUGACACAAUAAAGGCACGCUAUUUUCAUUCCUCAA